GCGGAUGGCGGAAGUGGAGGUGCCGCGGGCGGUGAUGGCGGCGGGGCCGGGCCGGGAUCCCCCCGGGAUGUCCCGGAAUCCCACGGGAACGGCCCGGAAUUCCAUGGGCAUGCUCCGAGCGCUGCUCGUGGCCGCGCUGGCGGCGGGUUCCUGCCAGGGGAACUCGGUGCACAGGAAGAUUUACAUCCCCCUGAACCACACAGCGCCCUGCGUGCGCCUGCUCAACGCCACGCACCAGAUCGGCUGCCAGUCCUCGCUGAGCGGGGACACGGGCGUGAUCCACGUGGUGGAGCAGGAGCAGGACCUGGAGUGGGCCCUGUCCAAGGGUCCCCACCCGCCCUACAUGGUCCUGCUGGACGGGAACCUCUUCUCCAGGGACGUUUUGAUGCAGCUGAAAGGAUCCUCCCGGAUUUCAGGCCUGGCCGUGGCCGCUGCCUCUCCCGCCCCUUCCCAAGGAUUUUCCCCAGGAUUGAAAUGUCCCAACGAUGGAUUUGGGGUAUAUUCAGAUACCUACGGCCCUCAGUUUGCUCACUGCAACGGCUCCCAGUGGAACCCGGGUGGCUCCGGGGUCUCCUAUGAGGAUUUUCCCUUCCCCAUUUUCCUGCUGCAGGACGCCAAUGAGACCCAGCUCAUCAAAGAGUGUUACCAGGCCCACAACGUGCCGGGCCCCGGGGGCUCAGCGCCGCAGUUCCCGCUGUGCGCCAUGCAGCUGCAGUCCCACAUGCACGCUGCAGCCAGCACCGUCACCUGCAUGCGCCGCAGCUCGCUGCAGAGCGCCUUCAGCAUCAACCCGGAGAUCGUGUGUGACCCGCUGCUGGAUUUCAAUGUCUGGAGCUCCCUGCAGCCCAUCAACGCCUCGGGGCGGCUGCAGCCCCAGCAGCGCGUGGUGCUGGCGGCCACCAGGGUGGACAGCCACUCGUUUUUCUGGAACGUAGCCCCGGGGGCCGAGGCCGCCGUCGGCUCCUUCGUGGCGCUGCUGGCGGCGGCGCAGGCCCUGCACGGAGCCCCCGGCGCCCAGAGCCUGCCCAGGAACGUGCUCUUCGUCUUCUUCCAGGGGGAGAGCUUUGAUUACAUCGGCAGCUCGCGCCUGGUGUUUGACAUGGAGCAGGAGAAGUUCCCGCUGCGCCUGGAGAACAUCGGCGCCUUCCUGGAGCUGGGACAGGUGUCUCUGAUGAACAAUUCCGAGCUCUGGAUGCACACGGAUCCCGUCUCCCGCCAGAACCAAUCCGUGGAUCAGCAGGUCGAGUGGCUCCUGUCUGCGCUCCGGAACUCCAGUUCCAGCUCCGGGGUUUCCGUGCAGGAGCCGGACGUGUCCCAGCCCCUCCCGCCCUCGUCAUUCCAGAGGUUCCUGAGGUCCCGGAGCAUCCCGGGGGUGGUGCUGAGCGACCACCGGGCGGGAUUCCGGAACAGGUACUUCCAGAGCAUCUACGACACGGCCGAGAACAUCGGGCUGCGUUAUCCCGAGGGAAUGAGCCCCGAGGAGCAGCUGGAGCACGUCACCGACACCGCCAAGAAUUCCUGGAAUUCCCGUAAUUCCCGUGUUUGUCCCGUUCUCCAGGCCCUGGCCAGGGUGGGCACGCUGGUGGCCCGGGCUCUGUUCUCGCUGGCCGGGGGACAAAACGGAACCGAGAAAAUCCAGGCGGAUGAGAAAACGGUCGCUCGGCUGCUCUUUGGGUUCCUGCUCAACUCCAACAACUCCUGGUUCCAGUCCCUGAUCAAACCCGACCAGAAGGGAAUCCUGGGCCCGUUUCCCCAGCACUACGUGGCCGUGUCCAGCCCCACCAACACGACGCAGCUGCUGCAGGCGGUGCUGGGGAACCUGACCGGGAUCAGCGCCAACCUGAGCCGGGAGCAGUGCCAGAACCCCGGGAAAACACCCGGAACCAUGCCCGAGCUGUACGAGUACUGGUGGGUGCAGGGCCCCCUGGACGGCAAUUCCACAUCCAGAAUUCCCGGCUGCGUCCGCUCCGGUGUCCGUCUGUCCCCGGCGCUGUCCCCGGCCUUCGAGCUGCGCCGCUGGGAUUCCCGGGAAUUCUCCACGUGGACCGAGAGCCGCUGGAAGGACAUCAGGGCCCGGAUCUUCCUGGUGGCCAGCAGGGAGCUGGAGCUGCUGACGCUGGCGCUGGGGGUGCUGGUGCUGCUCCUGUCCCUGCUCGGCACCUUCCUCAUCAACUCCAAGGCCUCGCUGCUCUUCGGGAUCCCGGCCCCUCCCGGCUCCUCUGGGUACUGAAAAUCCCGGAAAAAACUCCUGGAAAACCCGGGGAAACUGCCUGGGAAAAUUCUGGGAAAACAGCCAGGAAAAUUCAGGAAAACUGCCUGGGAAAUCCCAGAAAAACUGCCUGGAAAAUCCCAGAAAACCACCUGGAAAAUUCAGGAAAAACAUCCUGGGAAGUUCAGGGAUGACCUGUUUGAAAAUUCCAGAAGACCGCCUGGAAAAAUCCAGGAAAAGCUUCCGGGAAAAUCCCAGGGAAACCUCCUGGGAAAAUCCCGGAAAACCGCCUGGAAAAAUCCCAGAAAAACUUCCUGGGAAAUUCAGGAAAAUCUCCUGGAAAAUUCAGGAAAAACAUCCUGGAAAAUCUGGGGAAAACCUCCAGGAAAAUCCAGGAAAACCUCCAGGAAAAUCCGGGAAAACCACCUGAAAAAUGUGGGAAAAACCUCCUGGAAAAUCCGGGGAAACUUCCAGAAAAUCCUCGACAGGGAAUUCCCCCAGAGCUGGAAAUGCCAGAGGUGUUCCCGGGAAAUUCCCAAAAUUCCAGGUGGGAUCGAUGUCCUGGGUGGGAAAUUCCCCAAAUUCCCAAUUGGAUUCGAUGCCCUGAGUGGGAAAUUCUCAUUUGGAUUCGAUGCCCUCGGUGAGAAAUUCCCAAAAUAUUCCGAGAACUCCCAAUUGGACCCAUCCUGUUUCCCAGGGUGGAGCUUUUUGGGAAUCGUGAGGAAUUCCAAAGGGUCCGGGAAUGUCCCGAUAGAAAAAUUCCCUUUUUUUUCCCUGGGAUUUGUAAAUAUUAUAAAUAAAUCCGUGGAAUUCCCAAGGAAA